AUCCCGCGUCCCCGGGCUAGCUACCACAGGUCGUUAGCUGUUAGCUACCACAGGUCGUUAGCCGUUAGCUACAUCCGGGUGUAGCUAGCUCAGGCCACCGGCGCUGUCGAUUCUUGUGGGUCAGUAAAGACUGGGAACAUGUGACAUCCGUUUUUCGACGUGUCGAACGUGGCCGUGUAGGUGAUUGUGCUGAGAAUGUCGGUGUUUUGUCUCAGUGCUACGCGCACAUGCCGUGGCUUGUCACUGAAAAGCAUCCGGCCUUCGUUGAGCCUGUUGACGAACGACGGAUACCGGGAGGACCACACCACUCGUGCAGCGUGUCGGUUCAGCUCCGAACCACACAACCCAAAGGUGCCACAGGCUGCAACAUGGGAACCAGUACCGGAAGACCAACUCCCCCCGCCUGCGCAAAUCCCUGCAGACCUGGUGGACAAACUGGAGCGCCUGGCGCUGGUUGACUUCCGGACUAAACAGGGACUGGGCUGUUUGGAGAAAGCCAUACGAUUUGCGGAUCAGCUUCAUGUUGUUGACACGUCGGGGAUCGAGCCAAUGGAUUCAGUUCUGGAGGACAGGGCUUUAUACCUGAGGAGCGACGCGGUGACAGAAGGGGACUGUGCAGAGGAACUGCUUCAGCUCUCGAAAAACACAGUUGAGGAAUAUUUUGUGGCACCACCAGGAAAUAUUCCUCUACCAAAGAGGGAAGAGAGGGCAGCCAUACUGAAACACUCAGAGUUCUGAUAUAUAUGAAUGUGUCCUUGAUAUUCAUGACUCAUUUUUGAUUUGGAAAUCGGGUGUGUCUCUCGGGAAUUACAGAGUUUGUCAGAUCAGCUGACUCAGGCAAAUAUUUGGUCACUUCCCUGCUUACCUGCAGCCAAUAACAGCUCUCAACAGGAUUUGUCAGGUAUGCAGUAGGUUCAACGUGCUCUGGAUUGGGGUUUCAGUUUCAGUUUCCAAACAUGGUGAGUGAUCAGUGUCUUGGGCCAGAGGGUGAUGACAACGAUCCAUUUGAUGGUAUUUAUUUGUCCUGAAUGAUUUAUAUGAUUUCCGUGUGACCUGUUUUCAUUGUACUGUUGUGUAACUUUAAUUAAAAAAAGAAAAACCUCGA